AUGAGUCCGCAAUUCCCCAUCCAAGUACCAGAACUCCAACGUAAUCGGCACUUCACUGCACGGGAGGAUGUUCUUGCGAAGCUGGACGCCGUCCUCAAUCCCCGCGAGCCAUUCAGCUCCUUUGCAUUGUGCGGCCUGGGCGGGAUAGGAAAAUCCGCGAUCUCGAGAGAAUACUUCAUAUCGAGGGCGCACAAGUUCGACGCUUGCCUAUGGAUUGCCUUCCAUCCUUGGCAAGACCACCUCCAGAGAGUCAGUCUUGAGAAGAUUGUUACAGAGCUUGCGCUACGGCUACGAAGCGACGACUCAUCAAAAGAGGCGAGAAAAAGAGCCAUGAUGGAUUCCGUCAAGGCCUGGCUUGAAAACCCAGGACAAAGCCCCAAAGGGAAGAAACUCACCUGGCUAAUGGUGUUCGACGGAGUGGACAAUCCAGACCAACUUCACGGCUUGUUUCCGGACGCGCAUGACGGCGCAGUUAUCAUCACGAGUCGAAACCCUGUCUUUGCAGAAUCGAAUUGGUCGACGACACUCAGUAUCCGUAUUUUGUAUCGACUGGGUGGCCAUCCUCGGUUCCUCGACCCCAUCGCAAGGUCGACUGCUCAAGAGCUCUCCGCGAUCAAGGAACUUGUCGCCGACGCAGAAUCCAAGGACCCGCUGUGGACAAGGACCCGCGCGCUCACAUCGGUCCUCGAAAACGAUUAUCACGGGUCACUGCAUACCUCCUUGAACCUAGACGAGCUGAGUCCCCACGCGAAAAACAUUUUGCGCAUGGUUUCUCUCCAAUGGCUAGCGGAUGUUGAGGAAAAAGGAUUCCUUCUUGGCCCCGAAGACCAUGUUGAAGAGAGAUUUGAAAGUACCCUACUCGGCGAUCCUUUCUUUGACCUGGCUCCUAGGUGGGAUGGCACUGUAGCCGGCGAACCAUACCGGAUGACGCCGGAACGAUAUGGAGGAGCACGAGAUGAACUUGUUGCGCAAUGUCUAGCGAGGCAGAAAAGUGAGCAGGGCGUGCUGUGCGUUCCUUGGUCGGUACAGGAGGUGAUGCGUCUUAGAGAGUCGCAGUAUGCUAGGGAGCCUCGAUGGAAGGUGCCUCCAGAGGGUUCAAAAAGCAAGGAGAGAUCCAACCAAAUCUCGGGCAUUUGA